AUGUUCUUCUUCAUUUGCUUUCUCGGUUUUGCAGGAGCUAGCCAAGAAUCAACACCCAUUGAAGCUCUGAAUCUCCAUUCCAAACUCCUUCAGCUUCCUCAAACGACUGAUCUCGAUCUUGCAGUUUCCGUGGGAGACAACAAAACCAUUGCAAAGAUUUCCUCAAGCAUCAUAAAAGCUGAAACUUGGCUCAAAACCCACGUCCUCUCUCGUUACCCUUCCACCAAAAUCACCACCAUUGUUAUCUUUUCCCCUGCUUCUUGCCAAAACACACAACCCAGCUCUGAUCUUGUUCUGUCUUGUCUGAAGAACCUUUACCAUUCUCUCACAAGAUGGGGCCUUGAGAAGAACAUCAAAGUCUCCUCUGGCUUCUCUCACCAGUGCUUAAGGAACACAGAGAGUCCAGAGAUGUUCAAGCCUGUUCUUGUCUUUCUCAAAUCCAUAAACUCCACUUUCACCAUAAACCCACCUCUAAACUUUCUUUCUUCCCCUGAGAAUCAUCUCGAUCUGCUUCAUUCCGUGGAAAAUUUCGGAUCUUUGAGCUUCAACAAGGUCAAUUUCUUGAGCCCUGAACCAGAAGAAGCUACAACGACGAUGACAAGAAGAAAUUUAAGAUCUUUAAUCAAUUACAGCAGAAAAAUCACAAUCUCUUUCCCAACGUUACCCUCUCCGUCACCGGAAAAUCCACCAAUUCACUCCUCAGUCGGAUUUUCUCCUCCUCCCCAAUUUGCGCCGGAGCAAUCUCAAUCUCAGUCUCCCAUUUCCUCUCCUUCACUAUUUCCACCUGAGUCGCCUCUUCCGAGUCCAAGCCUCUCUCUUCCACCGUGCCUUCCUCCUCCGACGCCGUCGCCGCCUCCGGUGAAGAAGAAGGACGUGGAAGGGCUGUGGUGCGUGGCGAAACCGAGCGUAGCGGCGGAGACGUUGCAGCAGUCUUUGGAUUUCGCCUGUGGACAAGGAGGAGCUAAUUGCGACGAGAUUAAACCUCCUCACGGGAUAUGCUUUUACCCAGAUACGGUCAUGGCUCACGCUUCUUAUGCUUUCAACAGUUAUUGGCAAAAGACUAAGCGAAACGGAGGCACUUGCUCUUUCGGUGGCACCGCCAUGCUUAUUACGACUGAUCCAAGUUAUCAGCAUUGCCGGUUUGUUCUGAGUUGA